GGGAGAGAGCUUCACUCUGCUUAGGAUCUGUGGAGCGACCGAGGCGCCUUGCGCAGUCCGCUUUAGGGUGACCAGCUGCAGCAGCCUCUCUUCAGCCUCCUCUCUCUGGAGACCGUCAGGAAGAAGUGCCCUGCAGCCGGAAAACAUGCACCUCACCUCCUAUACGAUCCAACAUCCCGGUUUUUUCUUUAUGAGGAGGUGAACCUUGCGUCGGGAGGGAUCGUUUUUCGGUCUGCCUGUUUGUCUCCCUUUUCCUCUCUUGUCUUACAGUUCACCGCUCGAUUUUUUAAAUUUUUAAUUAUUAUUAUUAUUAUUUUUUUAGUCUUCAUUAACGAGGAGCCUUCGUUUCUCAAAGUCUACCUGCUUGUCCAGCACCCAUGAAUUCGGAUAAAAAUGCGUACCUCGGCAAAGACAAGGGCAUCAUGCGGAAGAGAGCUCUGCUCCUUCGGAAGGGUUGCAGCUUCGAGAUAACCAGCUCCGCCUCAGAGGACCUGGGCUGCAGGCGUGGAGACUUCAGCAGGAAACACUAUGGUUCGGUCGAGCUGCUGAUUUCCAGUGAUGCAGAUGGGGCCAUUCACAGGGCGGGACGCUUCAGGGUGGAGAACGGCUCAUUAGAUGAGGCUUCAGACUACACUCCAGGAACAUGGAGGAGAACCGAUGUCCAUCUGGAAAAUCCAGAGUACCACACCAGAUGGUACUUUAAGUACUUCUUGGGAAAAGUCCACCAGAACUACGUGGGUACAGAUGCCGAGAAAAACCCUUUCUACCUGUCGGUCGUCCUCUCUGACCAGAACAACCAGCGGGUCCCUCAGUACCGAGCCAUUCUCUGGAGAAAAACGGGAACUUUGAAGAUCAGCCUACCGUACAGUCCGACUAAAACACUAUCAGUCAAGUCCAUCUUAAGUGCAAUGAACAUGGACAGGUUUGAGAAAGGCCCGAGGGAGAUCCUCAACCCAGAGAUUCAGAAGGACCUGCUGGUGUUGGAGGAACAGGAGGGUUCAGUCAAUUUUAAAUUUGGUGUACUGUUUGCCAGAGACGGACAGCUCACAGAUGACGAGAUGUUUAGCAAUGAGACAGGGAGCGAGAACUUCGACAAGUUCCUCAAUUUGCUGGGUGAUACUGUUGCACUGCAGGGAUGGGCAGGCUAUCGAGGAGGGCUCGACACCAAGAAUGACACUACAGGACUUCAGUCCAUCUACACGGUGUAUCAAGGCCAUGAGCUCAUGUUCCACGUCUCCACCAUGUUGCCCUACUCUAAGGAGAACAAGCAGCAGGUGGAGAGGAAGAGGCACAUUGGAAACGACAUCGUUACCAUCGUAUUUCAGGAAGGGGACGACACGUCGUCGUCCUUCAAACCAUCUAUGAUCCGAUCACACUUCACCCAUAUCUUUGCUUUAGUCAGGUAUAAUAGCCAGACUGACAGUUACAGGUUGAAGAUUUUCUCGGAGGAGAGCGUUCCACUGUUUGGGCCCCCUCUCCCAUCUCCGCCUGUAUUUACUGACCACCACGAAUUCAGGGACUUUUUAUUAGUCAAAUUAAUCAAUGGAGAGAAAGCCACACUGGAGACGCCAACGUUUGCCCAGAAACGUCAGCGGACCCUUGACAUGCUGAUCCGCUCACUCUACCAAGACCUCAUGCCUGACCUGCACAAGGUUCCCUUUUCUCCCCAGAACAUGUUAAACCGGAGGUCUUUCAGCGACGUGCUGCCCGAGUCCCCGAAGUCGGCGCGUAAGAAGGAGGAGGCCCGGCAGGCCGAGUUUGUCCGAAUAGGGCAGGCUCUGAAGCUGAAGACCAUCGUGAGAGGAGAUGCACCUACAAGCCUUGUCACCACAGGCCUCUGCAGAAAAGAGCCAUGGGAAUCUCAGUCCUUCUGCAGCACGUUCCCCUACGAGAUCACAUGUGCCGACUCGUGGGGUCUGUCUCUGCUGGUGGCCACCGACACAGCGGGGGUCUUGAUGCUGGAUGGCCCCGACUCGCCGCUGCCCGGUGCUGAGACGCCGACGCUUCCCCCAGUGCAGGUGUUUGACAAAACCGUGGCAGUGAAGCAGAUGCACAUUCUGGAGCCUCAGGACCUUCUGAUUACCCGGGCAGACAAAGGGAAGGACGCUCGGCUGUACGUCUUCAGACUCAGCGGCAUCAAGAGAGGCCUGGAGGAACGGCAGCUCGUCAGAAGCAAGUGUGACUGCAGGGAGAACAAACUGGAGAAAACAAAAGGUUGUCAUUUGUACUCUAUCAACACCCACCACGGCUCCGAGCUGAGAAUAGUAGCAGCCAUCAGAACCAAACUCCUCCUAAUUACCAGGAAGCAUCCGCGUUUCAGCGCCGUGGCCACGGGAGCAGACUCCCCGGUGGAGGAGUUUCAGUACAUACGGGAAAUCUGUCUGUGUGACCCGCCUGUGGUGAUGGCGCUGGUCGACGGCCCGACAGGGGAGAACGACAACAUGAUAUGCGUGGCCUACAAACACCAGUUCGACCUGAUCAAUGAGAGCACCGGGGAUGCCUAUCGACUUCAUCACGUCGACGCCAACAGGGUAAACUUUGUAGCAGCCAUUGAUGUGUAUGAAGACGGCGAGGCAGGCCUCCUCUUGUGUUACAACUAUAUUUGUUACUAUAAGAAAGUUUGCCCCUUUAACGGCUCCACGCCAAUGAUCCAGUCCAACACCUCUGAUUUCCACUUCAGCUGGAACCAGAUGCCCAAUGCUAUAGUUUGCGCUUUUCCUUAUAUCCUCGCCUUCACAACGGAUUCCAUUGAGAUCCGACUGGUGGUCAAUGGAAACCUUGUGUACACAGCAGUGGUCCCAGAGCUGCAGCUGGCUGCCUCAAGGUCGGACAUCUAUUUUGUCUCGUCGGCGCCGGUGAGCUCAGCCUCCAACUGCAGUUCCAGAGACACCAGCUCUCAGAGCUCCCCCCAGACGCCCACAGGCUACGAGAUGCCCGUAUUUCCUUCACCGCUCGGAGAUGAUUCAAUACGGAUCCCCUAUGGUACCAAGCUUUCCCUGUACAUGUCUAAGGAUGCUGAAGGUGAAGCAACAUGUAAGCAAAUCUUCAAGAUUCCUCUGUGUAACCUGGUGGGCCGCAGCAUCGAACGGCCCCUGAAGUCCCCUCUGGUCAACAAAGUGAUGACCGCGCCCGCGCCCGCCAUGAUGGCGCCCACUCCACUUAUCUCCGCCACACACUCGCUGUCCUUGUCCCGCAUGGAGAUCAAAGAGAUAGCCAGCCGCACGCGGAAGGAGCUGCUGGGCCUGACCGAGGAGCCCAGUGGGAAGUCGGACAGCGGAUCAGUCAAACAGAGAAAGAUGAGCAAAAAGAGCACUGACGAGGAUCCCAAAGCCAGAGCCCUGACGUCAACAAACAGCGACAGCAGGUUAGCCUCAGACUCGGUGGACGCGGAGCUAGACGUCCAGCUGCAUUGCUCGUCCGCCUUGGAGGCCGAUCCGGAGAUGGUGGUGCUGCAGGAGGGCAGUCCGCCUCUUGCCAGCGCGUUUGCCCUCCCCACGUCCUUUGAAGACGAUGUUCUGGACCUAAAGUGAAGACAAUCCCGUUGUGCACUUCUCUCUUCGUCACAGUCACCUUCUUUUUUUUUUCUUUUUGCCUUUUAAAUUGGUUUCUUGAAAUAUAUCCCUGCCUUCUACUAUUCUGGCUCUCUCCAUCCAUCAGGGUAUUGGUGGAGAGACGAAAACAUGUCUCUGCUCAUGUUUACUGUGCGUCAUCGGGUGUUUGUGUGGCCCUGCGGCUGAACCCCAACCCAAAAAAAGGCUGUGAGGUUCUGCAAGAUGCCCGGGUGUGUUCCAGCAUCUACAGUAGCUUUGAGAGAAAGGCAAACUGAACGUAGAUCUGCAAACAUCUGUGCAUCUGAACGCAGUUCCCUCUAAAGCCGCUGACUCCGUGUUGUAUAUUAUUUCAGAUCUGCUUGCAAAUGUUGUAUGAUACCGCUCUGUAUGUGUACAUCUGUUUAUACACCGAAAUGCAUACAGUGCCAGGCACACCCGUCUGGUCUGUUUAUACAUAUUUAUAGAUAUAUUAUAUAUAUAUAUAUAUAAAAAAAUUAUUUUGCUCCAACCUUCAGUGAUAUUAUGUUUUUUUGUUGUUGUUUUUUUUUUUUUUUUUGCUCUGCACCGAUCCUCACUCACCACUAAACAGGUUGACAGGGCAGGAGGUAAAAAUCUCCCUUAAGUGCCAUUUCCCAGCAUCCAUCACUGAUCCACUCACAACAACCAGGGGAUCGUGGCGCAGCCUUCACUGUAGUCCACAUCACACGAGUUUGUUUGCUGCUGAAGAAACCCCGACACUAAGGCCGGCAUGGCUGACGUCUGGUGCUGAAGAAGUACUCAACAGAAAUGAGACAUAUCUGCUGCGUGCUGCAUGGUUGGUUCAAAUUUGAUUGAAGCUUCAGAAGAAAAUUACAUAAUUCAAGUAGGUUUAAAUUAUAAGGCGAGACUUUUUCUUUUCUUUUUUUUUAACCAAUUUCAAGUGAAAACCAUAUAUAUGUUUAUCUCUGUAACACAUUGUCCUUGCUGAAGACCCACAUUGAGACCCUUUUCUGGGCUUUUCAGAAAAGGCUCCAAUAUGCAGGAUUACUACACUUGUUUUCGUUUGGAUUUAUAGAAACAAUCCACCUGAUAUGAGAGAUGAAUUAAAAUCCAACUGAGAGACAUUUGCGAAAUACAUUCAUCCUCAAAUUUGACCCUUCUUUCCAACUCCCACCUCUGCUUCUUGAAUUCCCACCUCCCUGAAGCGUAUUCACAGGGACUUGCAAAAGUAUUCCUACCCAUUACACUUUUUAAAAGUUAGAAUCACAAAAUUCAACUUAUUUUAUUGGAAUUUUUAAGUAGGAAACCAAUGCAAAAUAGCUUAUCAUUAGGAAAUGCAAAGACAAGUUAUGCGUGGUGAUCAAAAUGGCGAGCAAAUGAAGAUCGGAAAUGUGUUUGUGAGUUUUCUGUUGCAACGUGUGUCUAUCUGUUCGGUUCAUUUAUAUUACGCCGGAUGACAACAAAUGUCUGAAAGCAUCUUGACCACACAGACAAAUUCAAUUUCACAUGUGUUCAAACUCUGUCCAAGUAAUAUAAAUUACAGCAAACUUUAGUUUAAUAUCCCAUUUAGUAAAACGUUUUCUAAUGCAACUCAGCUGAUCGCAUCAAGUCGCUGACUCUGAAUGUCUGAAUCUCAAGAUUUUUCUCUAGUGAUUUAGGAAAAUGGUUCAAACUCAGUCAGCAAUUCUUGUCAUGGAUUUUCAGUACCAUUAAGGUUUUAACUUUGACUAGGCCAUUCCAACAAAUGAACAUAUCUUGAUCUAAACUGUUGAAGCUUGCUCUAGUUGCACAUUUAAGGUUAUUUUCCUGCUAGUCGGUGAAGCUCCACUCUCUCUAUUUAGCUUAAUUUAUCUUCUUAUCAACUCAUCUUUCCUGUUCUUGCUAAAGAAAGGCAUUUCAACAGUAUGAUGCUGCCACCACCAUAUUUUAAUAUGGUAAUGUUGUCUUCAGGGAAAUGCACAGAGAUAAGUUUUCCACCUCGCAAAGCCAUUCCCAUGACCAGAGCACAUUUUCUAUAACUUUCUUUCUUUUUUCUUUUUACGAUUAAAUGCUGCCUUGUGAUGGUCUAUCAGUAAAACUCUUUCAAAAUGUUUUGAAGUUUGUGCUUGUAAUGUGACAACUGUAAAUGGUAUACGGAUUUAAGCUGCAUUCAUUUCAUAUUAAAUUCAACUCAACCGGCUCUUUCCUAGCUACGUCUUGGCCGCUCUUUGUAUCCAAAUGACCAUUUACAGCGACAUAAGUGCCUGAAAACAUUUACGAAAAGGCCUCACAGCAGCCAAAGACAGACUUUCUUGAUCAGACUCACAUUUAAUCAUCUGGUGAUGCACACUGAACUAAGACUCAGUGUCCCUGCUAUCAUAUAGACCUCUUAGAUCUUCAGCAUGGGAACCUUAUAGUCUAAUAUGAAGGAAAGGAGACAAAACUCAAGAUCAGACAGAUUAUGUGUAUUAACACACAACCCUACAUCUAUUGUUAAAAAUACAACUAAUCUGCUAAUUUGCUUUGUCCUAUCCAUAAACCUGAGUGCUGCAAUAUGCAAACAUCUCAUUGUGACGCUUGUCAAGCACCAACAAAUAGCUCAAAUAAAACUUUCCCCAAUUUCUUUUUUGACCUCACGUUUUGUUUUUUUUGUUUUUCUUUUUACAACAUUAACAAACUACAGUUAGGAAGGUUUUAUUGAAAUACAAGAUCUUCUUAACUUCUGCCUGUAAUUCAUCUGUUUUUCAGCUAUCUUUUCCGUUCACUUCUGCAGUGGGGUAAAACGUUUCCCGUCAGUUUUGCCGAAGCGGAAGACGAGGUUGUAUGCAAACUAAUGGACAUUAUAAAGUCGGCUCGUGUCUCACUCCUGAAAACAAACGCAGCUUCGAAGACAUGAGGAGCAGCAGAGUAGGACCAAAAUGGAAAGCGUAGAAGAGAUUCACACUAGGAGUUGUAAGGCAGGUAAGACAGUGUGUCUACAGAUAUUAUUAUAUACUUCACAAGAAAACAGCUGAGAGAUGUUGCAUGAACCUGUAUCCUCACUCUAUUUCCCCUCAAGCUUUUCCUCUGUUUCUCUGCCUGCUACAGCAUGAAUUCCUCCAAAAUGGUUACCAAACUUAAAAGGAGGGGGGGGGAAACUAGUACUUAUUUUUUUAUUUUUUUUAAUGUGUGAAUUAAAGGUGAUUAAGGGAAACUUGUGUGGGUUCUGUUUUGUCUCACUUUGCUGAAGUUACACUUCCCCUCUGCUUUUUCACAGUUUUUUGUUUUUCUUUUUGUAAUAACAUCUAUAUUUCCUGUUUAGAUUGUCGCUGAACUUCUCUGUGAUAUCAAAACAAAAGAAAAUGUACAAAAAAAAUUACACCAAGUGUCUUAAGAUAUUGUAUCGCCAUCGUUUUUAAUGCCAAGUAAUACUUGUAAAUGUUUGUGCAUCAAAUGUGGCCUCAAAUGAAACUUAACUAUAUCAUUAUUAUUAUUAUGACUAUUAUUUAAACAGUUAUUUUUAACAAGUGCUGUAGACCACUGCUGUGAAAGUAGUUGAUUCUGUUCAUUAAUAUGUAAUAAAUAUUUAUGGAAUUCCAAUCGCAUGACUCACUGGAUUUGGUUUUGAGAUCAACUUUUAUUGCUCCUAUAUCAUAUGACAGAUGUGUGGAUAGACUGUCCAACAACACAUUUUGUUUUUUUCUUUUAACAGUUUGAUCAUUAACUUUUUCUGCUUUAGGUCAGUAAAGAUUAUCAAAAUUAUUUUUCUUCCCCAAGUGCAAAAGUAUUGAAGAAAAAUCCACCCUUUAAUAUGAAUAUAUAUAUUUUGUGAGAGGGUAAAAUCUCAUUUUAAGUGGUUGUAUUUUUAUUCUUUUCUUUUUCUUUUUUUUUUUUACAAAAUAAGACUGCUAUAUUUAAUGGUAAACCUAGUCGUAUCUAAAAGAGAAGUAUAACUGAAAUGUAUUAGUUUUUAUUUAUUACUAGAGGUUUGACGUCGAUCAAAAUGUCCAAAUUCUAACUUUUAAUUAGUAAUCGAAAGCUUCCUUAUUAUCUAGUAAUAUAAAUGUGGGGGGGGGAUAAAAAUAA